UUCAUAUCCACAAAUUCACUCACUUCUUCUCUUCUUCUAUUCUAUUCCAUUACACAAAAACAAAAACAAAAAACCAAGCUUUUUCCUUCAGUGAAUUUCAAUACCCAGAACCCUUUUGCAUGUUCUUCCUCAAUUUAAAUACACAAAGUUCCAAUCUUUGAACUCGAGGUACCAUUAUUUAUUCAUUUUCAUGACAAUUUGCUUUCUGGGUCGUUUAAUUUUUAACUUGGGUAUGUGGUGUAAUGAAGAAUUGUUGAGGUUAGACUAGAUAUUUAUUCUUUUUUUGUUUUGUGUUGUGCGGUGGUGCUUAAUAAUGCUUAUAUUAGUUGGAAACGUGCAAGGAACAAUGAGUUCUCUUGCUUCACCAGUGAGUUUAGGGAGGAGUUUCAUUGGUGUGAGUAGUUCCUCUAGAAUGUCACAUUCUGUUGUGAAAAGAGUUUCUCUUUCAAAAGGGAAUUUUAAUAAAGGAAAAAAAAGAUGGCAUUGUGUUUCCUUAUCUGUUUGUAGAUAUUCAGUUACCACAACUGAUUUUAUUGCUGACCAAGGAAAUUCAGUGUCCCUUGAUUCUAAUAGCAAUGACGAUGAUAGUAAAGGUAGUGGAGAUAGUGGUAGUGGUGCUAGUUUUGGUCUUAAACCUCCUCCUAAGCCUGUGUUGAAGUCAUCUGAUAAUAACCCGAUUUUAGGUUCGAGUUCGGGUUUAGGGGGUUUAUCAAGGAAUAGUGAGGGUUCUGAUGAUGUGGAUGAGAGGAAUAAGGUGAUUGAAUCACUUGGAGAGGUUUUGGAGAAGGCUGAAAAGCUUGAAAAUUCUAAGUUGGAUGGUGAAAGGAGUAACGGGUCGAUAAAUAGACCGGCGAGACCGGAGAUAAAUGCUAAACCUAUGAAUGAUAAGCCAGUAAAUUCGUUACAAAAACAUAAAGCUAAAACAUUGAAGAGUAUAUGGCGUAAAGGGGACUCGGUUGCGACUGUGCAGAAGGUUGUGAAGGAAGUACCUAAGCCUAAUAUCAAGAGGGAAGUAGGGGAAUCUCAGAUAGGUGGAGGGGCAAAUGUAACAUCAUCUCAGUCUGGUGAUCCACAGCCUCCUUCGAGACCUCAACCGACAUUACAGUCUAGGCCUUUUAUAGCCCCGCCACCCGUUAAAAAACCAAUUAUCUUGAAGGAUGAUAGGGGACAAGCGGAAACACCUGUUCCAUCUAAGGAAAAGAAGGCCCCGAUCUUGAUCGAUAAGUUUGCGUCAAAGAAACCAGUUGUUGACCCUGUAAUUGCUCGAUCAGUUCUAUCCCCUUCGAAAUCGGGGAAGGCGCCUGCCACGGGAAGGUUUAGAGAUGAUUACCGGAAGAAAGGUGCUUCGGGUGGGGAAGGACCGAGAAGACGAAUGGUAGUGAAUGAUGAUGGGAUUCCUGACGAGAUAUCAGGAACUGCAAGAAAAGGAAGGAAAUGGAGCAAAGCAAGUCGGAAGGCGGCGCGGCUUCAAGCUGCCAAGGAUGCUGCUCCUGUGAAAGUCGAAAUUCUAGAGGUCAGCGACAAAGGUAUGCUGGUGGAGGAGUUGGCAUACAAUUUGGCGAUCGGCGAAGGUGAAAUCCUAGGUGCUCUGUACUCCAAGGGGGUUAAACCAGAUGGGGUACAAACUCUAGACAAAGAUAUGGUGAAGAUGAUUUGUAAAGAUUAUGAUGUGGAAGUCAUAGAUGCCGAUCCUUUCAAAAUUGAAGGAUUAGUGAAGAGACGGGAAAUUCUUGAGGAAAAUGACCUUGACAAACUCAAAGACAGGCCUCCUGUUAUUACUAUCAUGGGUCAUGUAGAUCACGGCAAGACAACUCUUUUGGAUUAUAUACGGAAGACCAAGGUAGCUGCUUCGGAAGCUGGCGGAAUCACACAGGGAAUUGGAGCUUAUAAAGUUCAAGUACCUGUUGAUGGAAAAACGUUACCAUGUGUUUUCCUUGACACUCCUGGCCACGAGGCAUUUGGGGCAAUGAGAGCCCGUGGAGCAAGCGUAACGGACAUUGCUAUUGUUGUUGUGGCUGCUGAUGAUGGUAUUCGUCCUCAAACAAAUGAAGCUAUAGCUCAUGCCAAAGCAGCAGGAGUACCGAUAAUCAUCGCUAUAAACAAGAUAGAUAAAGACGGGGCGAAUCCUGAACGAGUUAUGCAAGAACUUUCUACAAUUGGUUUGAUGCCAGAAGACUGGGGCGGUGACGUCCCGAUGGUUCAGAUAAGUGCUCUUCAAGGGAAGAAUGUAGACGAUCUUUUGGAAACUGUUAUGCUUGUUGGGGAGUUGCAAGAACUGAAAGCUAAUCCUGAUAGAAGUGCGAUGGGCACCGUCAUUGAAGCGGGAUUGGAUAAAUCAAAAGGACCAUUUGCUACAUUUAUUGUGCAAAAUGGGACACUUAGAAGGGGAGAUAUAGUAGUUUGUGGAGGAGCUUUUGGAAAGGUGCGGGCUUUAUUCGAUGAUGGUGGAAAGCGUGUCGAUGCAGCUACACCUUCUAUACCUGUUCAGGUUAUUGGAUUGAAUAAUGUUCCAGUUGCUGGUGAUGAAUUUGAGGUGGUUGAAUCCCUUGAUACCGCACGUGAAAGGGCAGAGUCUCGUGUUCUGUCAUUGCGAGAUGAACGUAUUUCAGCAAAGGCAGGAGAUGGCAAGGUCACCCUUUCUUCCUUAGCUUCCGCAGUUUCAUCGGGAAAGCUUGCUGGACUAGACUUGCAUCAACUGAAUAUUAUUUUGAAGGUUGAUCUUCAGGGAUCCAUUGAAGCUGUCAAACAAGCCUUGCAGGUGCUACCACAAGAUAAUGUCACACUCAAGUUUUUGUUGGAAACAACAGGUGAUGUGAGCACAAGUGAUGUUGACCUUGCGGCUGCAAGCAGAGCAAUUAUUUUUGGAUUCAAUGUCAAAGCGCCAGGCUCUGUGAAAAGCUAUGCGGACAAUAAAGCUGUUGAGAUAAGGUUGUAUAGAGUUAUUUAUGAAUUAAUUGAUGACGUACGAAAAGCAAUGGAAGGGCUACUGGAUUCUGUUGAGGAACAAGUAACAAUUGGCUCAGCAGAAAUACGUGCCGUAUUCAGCAGUGGUAGUGGCCGUGUUGCUGGAUGUAUGGUUACAGAGGGCAAGGUUACAAAAGGAUGUGGCAUUCGAGUCAUUCGGAAGGGAAAAAUAGUUCAUGUUGGUAUUCUUGACUCUUUGCGACGAGUGAAAGAGAUUGUUAAAGAGGUAAAUGCAGGUCUUGAGUGUGGACUAGCGACAGAAGACUAUGAUGAUUGGGAAGAGGGUGAUAUUCUUGAAGCCUUCAACACAGUUGAGAAAAGGAGAACCCUUGAAGAGGCUUCAGCAUCAAUGGCAGCUGCUGUGGAAGGAGUAGGAGGAGCUUAAUUAUAGAAUAUGAAGAAAAAAAAUGAUGUGACACUAUGAUGAAAAUGGUUCCUAUCUUAGG